AUGGCCUGUCUAAGCCAUUUCACAAAAUGCUUUUGUUGUAAUAAACUGAGCACAAAGAGCAUGUGGAAAGCAAAUGUUGUUUUGGAAACAAAGUGUUUAAAGUCUACCAAGACAUAUAACAGACUGUAUACAUUUUUCACGAAACCAGUUUUCCAAAUACAGUGUAGAAAUGUUGGUUUGCAGAAAAGUUCCAACACAAUUAUUAGAUAUAAUAAUGUAUCUAAAAUUUUCUCAAGCUCUUCUCAAGGAGGCACACAUAAAUUUCAUCCAAACCAAGAAUCUAGGCGACAGAAGUUGCUGUUGUUGACCUAUUUAUCAGGAUUUAUUGGCACCUGCUUACUAGGUGCAGUUGGUUUUAGGCAGUAUUCUGCAUUUGUUCGAAGAGCACAAGGCAUAGAGGAUUUGCGUGUUCGAGAAUAUGGCCGCAGACCUCGUUUGUUUCGAUACAGAGGAUAUGUCCUUCCAGAGUUUGCCAUCAAUGAUUUGAAAGCCAUUCAUACUUUUGACAUCAGAGAUGAUGAUAUCUGGGUUGUCAGCUUUCCAAAAGCAGGGACUACCUGGCUUCAGGAAAUUGUUUACCUGAUUGUCAACGAUGCCAACUUUGAGGCAGCUUCUCAAGCAACUAUUGAUGAACGGUUUCCAUAUUUUGAAUUUGUUUAUCCUGGGAAGAAAGCUAUUAGCCAGAUGCCAUCCCCCCGACUCAUUAAAUCUCAUUUGCCACUCUCUUUGUUGCCAAACCAAAUCACACAGAAAAAGCCAAAGAUUAUCUACAUUGCCAGAAAUCCUAAAGAUACGGUGGUAUCGUAUUACAGCUUUCUCGCUAAAUUUCUCACCGAUAUAGAUAUUUCCUUCUCUGGCACGUUUGAAGAUUUCUGUCAGCUUUUUGUCGAAGACCUAGUGUAUUGUGGCCCCUGGUGGAAGCAUGUGAAGGAGGCCUGGGAUAGAAGAGACGAUGAAAACAUCCUGGUUUUAUUUUAUGAGGAUUUACAAUCGUUAAAACACUGUAGCUUUGACAGCAUGAAAAACAAUAAAUCUGUCAAUUUUGAUUGGCUUAAAGAUGGAUUGAUUAAAAAAAAAUAUUUUUUAAACAACCUGUUGCCGGACAUAAACAAAAAAGUCUUGUUGUAA